UCACUCCUCCAAAAAGAAAAAAAAAACAUUAGUCUACUUUCUUUCAAGCUAGAGGUUUUCCAUUUCAACAACUCAUUCAAUAAAUACCAUCACCAAUGUUACAAAUCAGAGCCACUCUUCUUUCUAUAUCUCUUUACACUUCCUCUUAACAAAACAAUGGACCUCCCUCGUUUUGUUCCUCUUCUCUCAAUUUUCCUUCUCCUUAUUCCACCUUUGACCUGUGCUCAAGUGUGCCAAAGAAACUGUGGCAAAGAAUACCUAAAGUACCCAUUUGGUAGUGGCCCUGGUUGUGGUAACCCACUCUUCCAACCACACAUUUCUUGCUCCCAACAAAAACUUACCUUCACAACUCACACAGGCUCGUACCUUGUUACUUCAAUUGACUAUUCAAACCAAGUAAUUUACAUUUCUGACCCUACUAUGUCAACAUGUUCUUGCACUCUCCCUAGCAAAGGUUUUGGCCUAGAUUGGAAUGCCCCAUUCACUUUCCAUGAUAGCACCAUCUUUGCCCUAGUUGAUUGUUCAAUCAAUUCAUCAUCAAUAUGCACAACACAAAGUUAUGAUGAUAUUGAUGAUGGUAACAACAAAAAUUCAAAUUCAAAUUCAAAUUCCAAGCUUUUGUGUGAUCAAAGUACACCAAUUUGUAGUCUUUUGUAUUCAUGCAAACCCAUUAGUACUAUUAACCUUCCAAUUUCCACAUGUUGUGUUUAUGAACCGGUGAAUCUUGGUCCGUCGUUCGAGAUGGAUCUUCAGAAGCUUCAGUGUCCGUCAUAUACCGGAUUCUACAACUUUGACGAAGGAGAAUCUGAUCCUGAGAAGUGGAACUAUGGGAUAGCAUUAAAGUACAAGUUUAGUGUCACGGAUGAUUAUCCUAACUCUUGUGCUGCUUGUGAAAAGAGUUAUGGGGUGUGUGGAUACAAUGGACCUUAUAAUUCAUUUAUAUGCAAUUGCCCUAAUGGCAUCAACACUACAACAGAUUGUUACUUCACAUCAUCUUACAAUAAUGCUUUUAGAAACGGGAUUGCUUAUUGGUUGAUUUGUCCUAUGGCAUGGUCACUGGUUUGGUUCUUCUUGUAGCUUAUGGAUGAUCUAUCAAAAAGCAAG